AUGGUAUACUUUUCGUUGACUGAUGCUCCGCGCAACCUGAAGGAAAGCAUUGACUGGUUGAUGGCGCUUAGGGGUGCUGACGCUGAAACCAACUUGAAGGCUCUGGGUAGCGCUGUCUAUGAUUUGCUUGCAGAUAAGCCUGUUGGAUUCACAGAGGUGCCAGCUCUCGAGAAUGUGAAACGUAUUUCUAAGGAGUUCCUGGAGCAAGAAGAACUUAAGAACGAGCCAUUUGUGAAAGGCCUGCUGUGGAGAUUCAAUAAUCGUAUGAAAAAAAAUUACUACAAAUACUUUAGGUUCGUGUUUCACAUCGACAAAAGCGAUUAUGAGAACGUCGUACGGACCAGGGGUACCGUACCUGAAAAAAUCGCGGAGAACUUGGGUAAAGUAGUACAUGGUACGGAGACGUUCUUGGAUGACAUAAAAAAUCCUGACAAGUAUAGGUCUGCUUACAGUUCAGAAGCGACGUGGGAUAACUCAUGUUCGGCAAAACCGGAAGCCUGCGCAGUCGUCUUUGUGGGGAUUGCGCCUAUGUUAUGCGCAGGCCUGCGUUCUUUACGAAAGACAAGCAAUAAUGCCAGUGCGACAUGGUCAAAUAGAUACGCGAAGAAGCAUUUUGGAGAAGUUAUGAAAGCAGUCGGUUACAAAGAGCCAGAGUGCCGGGCUAAACUAAGUGGUUCAGAUGUUAGAAAGGCUUUGAGCAAUGUGGAUAUACGAGUAUUAGAGAUCAUCUACGACCUAGCCGGCUUCUGGGCUUUCUAUUAA